AAAGUGUUGUCUUGUAUUAUACAAAACACGGAGAAGAAUGAACAGGAAGUGAACUUUAAGGUAGUGUAAAUUAAAUGAAAAUUCGUGCUUUUUCAAGAAAUAUGCACAUUAUAUUCCCAAAAGUUGUAUUAAAUAUAACAAGAUUUCCAAUAACGUAUAAUAACAGUGAAUCCAGUGAAUAUUAAAGACCCGAAAACAAUGGAUCUCAUUGGUGACGAUCGUGUUUAUGCCGCGGAGAGAAUUACCAGAAAAAGGAUUCGAAGGGGUGUUGUUGAAUACCUGGUAAAAUGGAAAGGCUGGAGUCAAAAGCAUAACACAUGGGAACCAGAAGAAAAUAUAUUGGAUAACCGUCUAAUAGAACUAUAUGAACAAAACCAUAAACCAGAUGGGACAUUGAAAAGAGGUCCCAAGAAAAAACAUCACCAGACAGCUACUCCUGCUGCAGUUGCUGAAGAUACUGAGGAUGAUGGUGCUAGGAGUGGGGAGGAAAGUCAAGAUGAAGGUAUAUCUGAAGCUACACCAGUACCUUCUGCCCCUGUACCUAGAGGAAAGAAUAAACAUGAAGCAGCUACUCGUCUUGAAGAUGAUAAUACUCGGACUGGUUCUGAAGAAACGACAGAAAAUACAGCAACACCUGCAACUGACCCUGUUGAAAAUGAAAAUUCAAAUAGUUCCAGUAGCGAAGACAGAACACCACUACUGGCAAGAAUGGAUACAGGAACUAAAAGGAAAGCCGAAGUUUUAUCCAAAGAAAGUGGAAAAAUAGGCGUUACUAUAACUACUAGUCCGACUAGUUCCAGUCCACCUCCUGCAAAAACUCCUAAAUUGACCUCCAAGCAAACUUCUGCAGCGUCGAGAACAAGUGAUAAACAAGGUUCAAAGAGUGAAGAAGAAACUUCAGCAAUACCUUCAGCCUCUAGUCCAGCUGUAUUGACAGCUACAGCACCUAGAACAAGUACUGAUAAGAGGCAGGUACCAGCAGAUGCCACAUUACCACAUUCUUCUAUUAAAGAACCCGCAUCUCCAAAACCAGUAGCAUCACGAACUGAUGAAAAAAGGCCUGAUAAAAAAGUAGAAAUAAAGUCAGAGAAUGGACCUAUGGAAGAAAAACCAAUAGCUGUUAAUGGUCAUAAUAAUACUAACAAUAACAAUGUUUCUAAUGAUUUGCCAGCCCUCACUAGUCCAGGUUCGGAUUAUUGGUUGGCAAGGAAUCCAGUAGCUGAUCAAGUGUUUAUAACUGAUGUCACAGUUAACCUAAAAACAGUGACUAUUCGGGAGUGCAAGACUGAAAAGGGAUUUUUCAAGGAUCGUGACAACAAAAGUCAUCCGAGUGAUAUUGUAUGAUUUGAUUUUUCGAUUUCGAUUACUGUAGUUGGUGAAAAAAAUUGAUGAAUGGGAAAAUUAAUAGAUUAGUUAAUUGAAAAACAAGGAACUCCAAUGAUAAUCGUAGGUAAUUACAAGUGAGAUUGGAUUAAUGCCAUUUUAUUCAAUUUUUUUACUUUGUUGAGGCAGUACUAAACAAUUAUCUUGUCUUUUAUUAAAUAUUUUUGUAGGUAAUAUUACACCAAAGAUAUUUAAAUGAAUAGUGUAUCCUACUUUAGCAAAUGUGAUAUUAAAAAACAAAUUUGAUUUAGAGACAGUACUGUGUGUGGAAGUUUAGUGUACAUAUGGUAUUUUUUUAAAUUUAUACUUGGUAAUUAUUGAGAAAAUACUAGAAAAACAUAUAGUUAGUAUGCUUGUUGAUUAUUACAAAGUUUAAUAGUUUUUUUUCGAAAAAUUAUUACAUAGUUGCAUUUUUCCAUAAAUUUGUUAAAUCACAAUUAACUACCACAAAUGAAUUUUCUAUAUAUUUCCAUAAACUUUACAUAUAUGUUCUCGAUCGAUUCUCUUCACUUAACUACAGUAGAGUAUAUUUUUUUACAUACUUUGAUGAUGUUUGUACAGGGUAGCUCUUUUUGUUGGAGCAGUAUUUAAUUCUAAGAAUUUUUUUUCUCACGAGGUAAAUAGGUACAUAUAAUAAAUGCUGGUGCUAAGUUGAAAUUGGUACUAUAUACGAUAGGGUGGGUGAAAAUUGAAUUUUAUAACAAGUCACAUGGAAAAAUGUGUUGCAUGACAUCUUAAAAAAGUCCUCACCAAAUACGAGCUCUUAAUUUUAAUAGGAUAAAAUUAAGCACUCAAAAGAUAUCAACCUUUCAUGAGUAUUGAUUUUAAGAGUAAAUUUAAUUUAUGUUCAGAUGUUACCAAAAUUUAUGAUAAUUAAAUGUUGUAAAUACUUUACUUUCAUCUACUUCUAAAAUUUUCAUAAUUCAGUUUGAUUUAUUUGGGUUAUUAGAAAGAUUUCUCUCCGGGUCUUUUUUGAUUUAAAUAUAUCUCUUAAAUAUUGCCAUCAAAAAGUUAGUUAAUCCACUAGUCAGAAUCUAGUUAUUUUUAUGCAGUUCGAUAACUUUAUCAGCUGCAUUUUUAUGAAUGAAUGAAUGAAUUUCCUUAUCCAUAUUUUCGAUAAAUAUCAUAUAAAUUCGAGUUGUAAUCGCAAAAUUUGGAAAUUAUUGAUCAUUUUAUCAAAUAUAUAUGAUCAUAAGUUGUAGGAACACUAGAAAUGCUGAAGAAAAUGUAGACAAAAACAGACAUAACUAUAAAAAAAAUGUAUUGGCGCUAGUUCUCAAAGAAAACAGAAGAAAUGAAAUAUGCAAAGAAAAUUCCAUAGAGAAGAAAUUUCACCUAGGACAAUAUCUCCAGCUAUAGUGGAAACAUUUUUAAACACGUUAUUGAAAUAAAAAUUAUCGUUAUUUCUAAUGAUUAAAAAUAAAAUGUUUAGAAAAUUAUUUAAAAAAGUUGAAAACUCAAAUAAUACUUAAUGACAAAAAAAAGAAAUUUAUAUAACAUUCAUAAAUUAAAUUGAAAUUUUUCUAUUAUUUUAUUAAAAACUUUCAAAAUUAGUACACAUGAACGUUUGAUAGUUAAUAUCUUUUGAACGGUUGAUUUAAUCACCAAAACAUAAGAUACCAUUUUUAUAGAACAAUCAAUUUCCUACAAAAAUUGUUAUUGGGCAUUUUAUAAUAGUCAUUUAUUAUCGAGCUAUGAAAUUCAAAAACAAAAAUGAAGUUUGACUUAAAAUUAUCUAACUUAAAUCUUCAAUAUCAUGGUGAGGCUUAUGGAAAAAAUAUAAGAUAUCUUUUUUGUAGAGCAUUAAAUUUCCUAUAAAAUACUUCAAGAACAUUUUUCUGUACAAUCAAUUAAUGAUAAGGUAUUAAUUGAGAUAAAAAUAAAAAUCUGUGAUGCGUAGGAUCUUCCUAUUAAAAUUGAGAGCUCGUAUUAGGUAAAAUAUUUUAAGGCGUCUAUCAACCCAUUGUAAAGAAAUAAUUCUUUUUUUACCCACCCUAGUACACAAUAUUCUAUACUGAAUCAUUCUAACAGUAAAUAGUAAGUUUAUAUAAUUGUGCUUAAUAGUAGUUUUUGCUACAUAUCACCAUUUGAAAUUAAUGUAAUAAUAACUUGUAGUUGAAAUGUUUGUUUUAAAUACAAAUACACUUUUAAAAAAUUGGAAUUCCUGGUAUAGGUUCAGCUAGCCCCCACAGUAUAUUAGUUUGGAAUAUAUGUAUUAAUUGACCUAAUGGUUCAACAAAAAAUUAGGUUUAUGUUUCUACUAUGAAUACUUCGGGAUCUAAGCGUUUUUUAUUAUAACCUCUUCGAAUAUCUUGUUAGUCGUCUUAGUUUUAAAUUUUUUUCUUUCUCUAAGAUCUUAUUUCCUUCAUUUAUUUCGUAAUAUGACAACUUUGCCUCCUAUCAGAGUUGCUCUCGAGGCUUGCCUUCCAGUUCCAGAGCUUUGAUGAACUCCGGGAUUUGUGCUGGAUUAAGAGAGGUUAGAUCUUCGCUUUUAUAAGUUUCUUAAGAAUUUUUCACAUAUGCAAUGGUGAUAUACUCUAGAACUAUAGAAACUGGUGUUUUAUCUUUCUUUCCAUAGUUAAUUUUUUGUUUCUCCCAAAAUUGGUUUGGGAACUACUGUUUCUUAUUAUAUACAAAUAUCUAUUAUUCUUACAAAUCAAGUUUUUUGCUAAAUUGUUUUCAUCAUUUCCUUCAUAAUAUGACAUUCUUGUCAAUUUAUUUCACAAGUAAAUCUUGUUAAGGAGAAACAGCUGCCAUAAAAUCACAAAUUUUCAAAUUCAUAUUCUUGGAUAUCACUUUGAAAAUAUCACUGUACAACUUUAAUUAUUAACAUCACAUUAAAAUUCAAGAUUGAAUGAACCGUUAUUUGUGUUUAGAGACUGUAUUUCAUCUACAAAUCAUCAUUUGUCUUCAGAGACUGUCUUAUUAAAAAAUGAACCGUUAUUUGUGUUUAGAGACUGUCUUUCAAGUAUAAACCAUCAUUUGUCUUCAGGGACUGUCUUAUUAAAAAAUGAACCGUUACUUGUGUUUAGAGACUGCAUAUUUCAUCUAUAAACUAUCAUCAUUUGUCUUCAAAGACGGUCUUUUUCAAAAACAAAUUGUAGUUUGCUCUUAGAGACUGUUUUUUUUUUCAAAGUGAACCGUUAUUUGUCUUCAGAGACUGUCUUUCAAGUACAAACCAUCAUUUGUCUUCAGAGACUGUCUUAUUAAAAAAAGAACUGUUAUUUGUCUUUAGAAACUGCCUUCUUUAAUUACAAACCAUAAUUUAUUUGUAGAGACUUUUUUCACAAAAAAAAACAACUAUAUUCAAGAUAUAAUAAUAAUAUGAUGUUAAAGGUUUUUAGAAGAAGUUUACACCAACAUCGCCAACUGCAGUAGCAAACGGUUUGGUUUGUAAUAUAAUGGCAAAUAAUCACUAUUUUCCAAAAUAAAACUCAAAAAUUACAAAAUUAAAGCAGGCUAAAAAUAAAGCUGCAGUUGGACUGAUAGAACUUAGUCGUUGUCCAGUUGAUGAAUAGAUAAAUCACAUAAACUUGAAUUCAUAGGGUUUAAGCAGAAAAUUUCUCAAAUCUAAUUACAUUUACUAAUUUUUAUGAAAAAAUCUAAUGAUAAAAAUUCAGUAGAAAUUAUACUUUUUUCACAAAGUAAAGAAGGGAAGUGCUUUUGAGAUAAAUAACACUAAGUCAACUAUACUAAUGGUCAAUUUUCGCACUAAAAACUAAUUGAAAUUGUUUUUUAUGGUUGUUUUAUCCUGGAUAUUUUUCAUAGAAUUUUCUGCCCUUGACUAGCACUGCAAUUAUUCUAACUGUAAGUAUUUCUGGAAAGUUUCUUUCGCACUUGCUUUUAUCUGCUCAAUUGUGAACUUCUUAUCUUAUCAAGAAUGGUGUCAAAACUUUUCCCAGCAUAUAUGUAGUUGAAAUAUCCUCGUACUUAUUGGUCCUAAUUAUCUGUAGUAUGGUUUUACAUUGAACUAAUUUAUAAUAUUUUAUUGCCGUAUGCAACAAUUUAUUUCUAAAGUUCAUAUGUGUGCCAAUUUACAUCUUGAAGCAGUAUUUUAUUUCUAUUGACAAAAACAUGUUAAAAAUGGUUAGAGAUUUUGUGGUGUCUUUAUUCUCAUUUGUAUCCUGGUAAUGUGCUUUUGAAUUAAAUUUGAAAACAAUUUGUUUAUAAACAACUAAGUGGAUGAAACGAAAUUAUGCAUAGAUAGGAUGUUUUUGGGGUUCAAUGCUCUUAAUUCAUUAUGCAAUAAACUCGCAACGUUCGAGCUGUGAUAAAAAAUUCUUUUUUCAGUACGACUUUCAUAUGCUCCGUUAUGGUAAUAAAUGAAAUCAUCAAUGUGGAUGUAGACAAACAAGAACACUCUGGUACUCAAAAACUCAUAAAACAAAAGCUAUUUGUGGCGUGGAGCAUUGUCAUGAUAAAGAAUGAAGCUAAUACCUCAUUUUUCGGUCCUCUUUUGUGGCAAAAGUACUACAAUCGCAUCUUCGAACAAGUUGGUUCAAUUUUUGCACACUUUUUUGAGAUUGAACCGUUUCUUGUCUUGAACUAACUGAUCUCCACUUUGAAAUCCCUCAUCCACUUGUAAACAGUUUUCGAAAUUAUUUCUAAGGAUAGAUUUGAAUAUUUUGUGUGCUGCCUUAGUAUUUUUUGUACUUGAUUUAAUGCAUUGCUUAAAAUUCUUAGGGAGAUCCGAUCUCAAUAAAGCGCCUAUAGUAGUGGACUAACAAGCGGGAACUGGUUCGGUAAUCGCUUAGUAGUUUUUAAUCACAACUCGUAUCUCGAAAUGAUUUACAUUUGAAAGUCACUGGAAUUUCGAAUUUCUCAAGUUGAAACAAAAUAAAUGUGUGUUUAUAAUCAAAUUGUGUUUACUCAUGGAAAUGAAAAUUUGACUCCUAGUACUUCAAUAAUUACAUGAAAUAAAUGUUUUAUAAUGAAAAAAUUAAAACUUUUUUAAAAUAACUACAUAAACACAGAUCAUUGAAACGAUUAUCAAAAUCUAGUGGUUUAUAAUUAUUCAUAAUAGUAGGAAUUUAAAAUUUUCCUAAAUGUCAUCAUAUUACCGGAAUUUAUGAAUUUUUAUUUCUCAUAGUAAUUGUGUACAUGAAGUCUCAUACCAUUUUAAUUAAUAAUAUUAUUGAUAUUUUUUUAUACUAAUAGUUCAUUCACAGCUUCAUAGAUUAUAAAUCAUUCCAUAUUUUUUUUAAUGUAAAUAUUGUAAAUUAAUUUUAAUGUAGUGUUUAAGGCUCGUUUCAGAUGUUCCUGAAAAAUUAUUUACAGAAAAUAGAAUAUGUAAAAGAUAAUUCAAUUAAUUUAAUAAAUAUAUAUUGUCCUGGCAAUAUUAUUAACAACUAUAUCUCCAGAAAAGGUGUAGCUUACUUUAUUGUACAAAGAUAUUUGUCUUAAGAGGAUUUUUGUAAGAAAAAAAUGCUCUUUCAUCAAGAUGUGAUUGAGAGUAAACAAAACCAUUGAGCAGUAGGAAGAUCACACCAUGAAUUUCCUAUCUUUGCUUUCUUACAAUUACUUCCAUAUGUUUGCCUGUUUAAAUUUUAUUUGCACUAAACUGAUUAAUUUAUUAUAUUUUAAAAUAAUUUUCCAGGAAAAUCUCUGUAUUUGUUCUUUAAGGUUAAAAUUUUCUUCAGUACCUUUCAAUUGUUAAAUUAUUUAUUUUAAAUGUAAGUUAAUUUAUUUAUAAUUACGUACUAUUUUCAGUCUAUUUAUACAUACGAAGACAAAAUUUAUGUUAUUAGUUUUCCUUUUAAGGAAUAGAACGCUAGUCGUAGUAAACGAGAUAUUGGGGAAUAUAUAACUUAUCAACAAUUUUAUUUUAUCAGUAUUAACAACACACAAUAAUUUUAUUAUUAUGUUACAAAUUCAGUUUAUACUAAUCAAAACAUAAAUUAGGACAGGCAGUUUAGAUGUCCUACGGUUUAGGUAUGAAGUCUUCCUUUGAAAAGUUCAUAGUUGGGGGUGAUAUGCACGCCAUUAGGCUUGCCCAACCCUUUGAAUCUUGUAAAUGUCAGUGCUGGACACUCACCCCUGACGUGGUUUAAAGCUUCUUUCUCCUUCAUGCACCAACGUCUUUCUAGAUCGUAUAAUACUUAUAUCAAAGAUAUGGGAUCUUAGAUAACUUUAUCUGGUUUGAAGGCCAGUGACCAGUCGAAUUUUGCGCCUGCUAAGCGGAUUAGUUUAAUGUGUAUAAGAGCGGCACAAGGCCCUUCUAUGUGUACCCUGUCUCAUAUCAGGUGUUUCUAUCCUUUCAUUCCUUUGCUGGUUUUAACAAACUGGUAAUUGAGGUUUUCCUGAAAUUUUUCGUAUCUUAAUAUUUUUCAACCGUUAGUUUCUCUUGUAGUAAAUAAAUAGUAUACACCGAGAUAAAAGUUUCUGUCAAUUACAAAAAAACACACAGACGUUAUGAAUUAGUUAUUGUCAAUCAUACUAAAAUAUGUAAUACAUGCCUUGGAUCCAGUUUCGUAAGCUUUUCACAUAAAAUUUUUGUAAGAUUUAGUAUGUACUACAAAAACCAAAUAACCAAAGACAAUAUACCAUAUUUUUGCUUUUGUAAGUAAAAAUUGGCUAUAAAGGAAAUUUAUUUAUUACUAGCUGACGCAACAAUCGUUUAUGAAUAUUGAAUUCAAAUUGGUAUAACUAAUAAAAAAAUAUUUAAAAAAAAAUUUUAUUAUCAUUUUAAUGGUUUAUGUUAUACAAAAUUCUUAGUUUUUUUUUCUAUUGUUGCUAGUCCUACACAUGAACAGGCGACAUAUAACUGGCUUUGUAAAUAACCUGGAUUUUCAAAAUUAAUGCCAUGUAUGUUCUAAUUCUAAUAUAUUUCCAAGCUUUCGAAUUUCGAAUUAUACGUAAAAAUAUGUAGAAUUGCAAAUAGCCAGUGUAACAGUUUCGGGAGAAUCGUUACAUGAAUUAUAUGAAAUAAAAUAUUAGGCACAACCUAAUCUAACCUACGCCCGCCGAAUUAAUCGGAUAAUCGAAAAUUGCUUGAGUUGGGUUAGUUAGGUAGUGGCGAAUAUUUUAUUUCAAUUCUAAUUCAUGUUACGACUUUCCCGAAACAGCUAUACUGGAUUCUGGCGAAUAUUAAACGCUUAGGAUGUGUCGUGGUUCUUUUAAAAAGGCAACGACGCCACGAGGUCGUAAAUUUUAUUGCCAUUAUUAAAUUUGAUCUUUUUUUAUUAAGAUCUGGAAUAGGUUGAUGAACUUCCAGUCCUAACAUUUGAAAACUUAGUAGUUGAUUUAUUGUAUUAGAAAAUUGUUGAUUUGUACUGAAAAUGGAAAAAAACUUUCUAUAUUGUAUGUAUAAAUAUGUCUGACAGUCAUUUAAUUGUGAAUCAUUUAAAUUGUUUGACGAGUUUUGUGUUACAAGUUUAAUUUUAUAAUGAAUUCUAAAAAAGAAAAAUGACAAAAUGAAUCGGAGGUACAAUUAUUUGAGCUAUACAGUUUCAUAAAAUUAUGAAAAAAAAUGAUGUUACUUCGAUCAAUUUAUACUAUAAUCGUUUUAUCAAACAAAAAAUUAUAAAAAUAAAAUGUAUUUGCGCGGAAAUGAAUGUACAAUGGUAAUUGAUCGGACCUCAUGUAUAGUGCCUUUCUUAGAAGAAAUAGCGAUGGAAUAUUCCAAAGUUGGAAAACAUUCAUCCAUGUUAGUUAAGAUUUCCAAGAAAUCUUUCGGGAAACAGUUUGUACUUUACCCUUCUACAUCACAGUUGUAUGUUUUUUAUAUAUACAAUUAUGUAGUCAUUUUUUAAUUGUAUAAUACGAGGGUUGUCCAUAAAAUAAGGUUCCUAAAGAGCUGCUGACGCUAGGAACACUAUUAGGCGGGAUUUGACGAGACUGGCGUGUAGCUUGGCUCACUCUCUUACAAUUCCCGCCCUGGUGAACUGUCUACAACUUUCAUUCGUGUCUUGGUAGCAGUGAAAGAUGAAGCUUCUAUUUGAUUUCCACGCUAGAUGCAAAUUACAGUCUGUGAUUAGUUUUUUGUGUAACAAAAAUGUUCCUCCAGAGGAUAUUCAUUCUAAACUGUGUGAGGUGUAAAUAGAGUGCGUCUACCCGCAUAUCGCCCGUGUCAUAACUAAUCUCAUCAACAGAUUUGGAUGGAUUACUGUCUCACACCCCUCCUCCCCACCCCCCGCCUUACAGCCCAGACUUGGCCCCUAGUGAUUACCAUCUCUUUCCUGAAUUAGGAAGUUAUAAGCUUUCGAAACAUGUAUUAUGCCAAUAAAUAUAUUUUUCAUUUGAAAAUUCGUAGGGCACCUUAUUUUUUGGACAAGCCUUGUAUUUUGUUUAUUAUAAAAUUGAGUUUUGAAUUAAAAUAUCUGAAAAUUCCAAAUUGAAAUUUCUGGGAACGUUGGGGAUGUUCAUACUGAACACACUGUUUACACCACCACUACACCAACACUCAUCAUUAUACUGUCAACACGCUUUUUGAUAUACAAGAUAUUUUAUUAGAUACUGUGAAUCAAUCAUCUGAAGUUAGUAAUUGGGUUACCUAAAAGCGCGUCAGACAGUUUUUAAGUUACCAUCAAGAGACUGAAGGUUUAGCUUCGGUCUCUGAAGAUGGUAAAUUGAUCAUAGUGGUCGCAACUAGUUUGUAAAUUCAGUCUAAUCUAUAAUUUAAACAGAUCUAUUCACAUUUUAUUAUUAUUCACGACAGUUUUAAAUGUUUCUCCUGCUAACAUUUUGAAAAAUAUUUUUAUGGUAAUUACAGAACUCGUCAUAAAUUGUAAUUUUUGUUAUCAUUUUUCUUGCGUCUUUUGCAUGUAGAAAUGAUUGGUUUUAUAUUUUGCUAUACUUAAUUAUAUCAUCUGAAAUUGUAUUUAUAUAUUGUAAAUAUGAUUGUAUUAUAUACAAGUUGAUUUUUUUUCUGUUAAUAAUAGUAAGGUAUUUUUGAAAUAAAAUAUAUUUGA